UGGUAACAUUAGUUUACAACAGUUUGAGAAGUUAGUUAUGCUGUGUUAAUGUUUUUAAUUUAAUAAUAAAAGUAAUAUUCUAUUAAAAAAAGUUAUUAAAAAUUCAACAAAUUUACAGGGUAAACUGGCCAAUUACUAAAGUGGACUGUUUUGAUUGCUUGAUGCAUGUAAGACAAUAUAAACUGUGAACCAAAUUCAUUAAUUUGGUCGAAGUCGCUCGGAAGUAAUCAUGGGAACCCUAAUACAAUUAUUUUUUAUAGCAUUAGCAGUAGGAUUGGCUUCGUCGAAAUUUUCUCCACCAUUCCCGCCUGUUAUUACGCUCUCGAGUAAUGAAGAAAAUAAAUGUUCUUUGGAAUGUAUUAAUGGGAUUGCCAAUAAUGGUGUGGAUUUUGCCGACAGCAUGAAAUAUGGAUAUGAAUUUAAUGCGAAAACUACAAUUAUACCACCAACUGGUUCUGAAAAAAGUAUAUCAGAAAUAUCGAUCAAAGGAAAAGCUAAUGUUAUUGGAACGAAAACAUGUGGUGCAGUUUUUUAUCUAAAACGUAUAGAAAUCACUCAAGGAUCAAAGGUUUACAAUAAUACUGAAUUAGAAGGGAAACCAAUAUUAUUCUCUUAUAAUAAUGGAAAAGUCGGUGAAAAUAUUUGUUCAUCGGCAGAUGAUUCUGAUAGUUCAUUGAAUUUAAAACGAGCCAUUGUGUCAUCAUUUCAAGUGUCAUUGGCACAAAACUCCCAAAAAGAAUUUGUUGAGACUGACAACCAAGGAGCUUGUAGCACUAUGUAUUCUUCGUCUUCGUCAAACUCUCUUCUCACUAUUGUAAAAGAUAAAGAUCUCACAAAAUGCGUUGGUUAUGACAACAGUAAUGUAUUCGGAUUGUCAUCGCCGGAAUCAAAUAUGGUACAUCAAGAUUCUCCAUUUUCUUCAGCAAUCCAGCAUACUGAAAUUAAAAUAAUAGAUUCCACAAUAAAAUCAGUUACCAAUUUAGAGACUUUUCUUUAUCGACCAUUUGGUCCAAUUGAUAGCGUUACUGAGAUUAUAGUCACUACGAGUUUGAAUUUAAAAAAAAAGUCUACUGUUCAAAUUCCUGACACUAGUUUUUUGAGUAAAAAAAGAUCUAUCGUUUCUGAAACAUCAAUACCAACGAUUAGAUCUGUGGAUGUGAAUGCGUUAGUAGCAGCUAUCAAUCUAGCUACAACUAAUCUUGAGCCAGUGGUUGGUAUAAAUGGAGCUGAUAGUUUUGCAAAUUUAGUAGCAUCAUUUAAAUUAGCAACGAAGGAUGAUAUAUUCUCUGCGUUUCAACAAAUCAACCAUGAUAAUAAAUUUGAUGAUCCAAAAAUAGUCGAAACGAUUUUCAUAGACGCUUUAAUUGCUGCUAACAGUGGCGGAUCUAUUGAGGCUGUAGCAGAACUCAUCCAUCAUAACAAGUUAAGUGAUUCAUUAACUAUAUCGUGGUUUAAAAACUUGGCUAAAUCAAAAAACCCCACGAAAGAAGCAGUUUUCAUGACAUCGAGUUUACUCAAUGACAGAGCUUUUAAAGAAGGCUACAUAGGGGUCGGCUCUUUGUUACAAACCUACCUUAAAGACACUCAAGAUUAUGAUAGUGUUGAAGUUAGAAGUAUUUUAAACAAUUUAGGAGCACCAUUACAAAAAGCUUAUAGUGAUAAUUUGUCAUCCAACGAUGAAAAUUUAGUAAUAGCAAGUCUAAUUGGACUUAGAAAUGCACAAUACAUAAAUAAUGAACUGGAAGAUAUGAUUAUUAAACUUAUUAUGGAUAAAAAUAUUAAACAAAGAAUUAGAGUAGCAGCAUUAGUUAUGAUCAAAAUUUAUGCUAAAAAUCCAAAGAUGGAGAAAGCCUGUGAAAUUAUUUUCACAGACAUACUAGAAGAUUCUGAAGUUAGAAUUUUAGCUUUUAAAGUAUUUGCAAUCAACCCAUCAAAAUAUAAAGCUUCCGUUAUAAAAAAUGUAUUAGAUGACAAAAAAUGUCAAUUGCAAAUUCGAACUUUUUUAUUGAGUUACUUGAAUAAUUUACUAACGACUAAUGAUGAAGGUAAACUUGAUCUAAAGAGUUUUUAUGAAGGAAUUAAAACUGCAUCAUCAAAAAAAAUGUACAGUGAUAUUUUACGUUAUUCUCAAAGUUCAGAGUAUUCCCAAAAUCUCCCUUUUAUACACAGCAGAGUUUUAUUAGAUACAGAAGUAAUUUAUUCACAAAAAUCAUAUUUGCCACGAUUUAUCUCAGCAUCACUUAAGGCAUUACUAUUCGGACGUAACUUUAAUAUUUUUGACUUUCAAAUGCGUGUUGAAAAUAUUGAAUAUAUACUAGAAAAAUUGUUUGGACCUAAUGGAAAUUUCGCCAAAAGUAAUAAUACCGCUUUCGACGAUGUCAAGAACUAUAUAACUCAGGCUGUAAUUUACGCUAAAGAAAGAGGACUUAAUAAUGUAGAUUCCGACUUACCUUCUAAGCAAGGUUAUGAAGAUAUUUCAGAAGAGGAUUUGAAUAAAACAUAUAUAGAUAUAGUACUAAAUAUAUUCGAAAAUGAUAUUGGUUGGUUUUCUUUCGAAGGACUUGAUACUCAUAUUACUUAUCAAAACACAAUUGAUUCUAUAAUUAAUAAUUUACAAAGUUCAUUACCAAAUGAGAAUAACAUUGAACUGAAUGUAAGUAAACGAAUACCAAUCAUCGAUUACGAAAAUAAAUAUGCAACGUGUUCUGGACUUCCAGUUUCAUUAAAAUUUCAAGCUACAACAGCUCUUAAAGUUAAUAUAGCUACUAAACUUGAUUUGGAGAAUUACUUAGCACAUCCAGAAAACUCAGAUUUUUCACUCAAACUCAUUCCUAGUGGUUCAUUAACAUUAAAUACUCAAUUAACAGUAGAUGGAUAUGUUGUUGAAGUUGGACAGAAAAUAGCAUCCUCAUUUCAUACAUCCUCAGGCUUUAAUUUUUCUUUAAAUAUUGUUGAAGGACGUAGUUUUGAAAUGGUUUAUGGUCUUCCUUUAAAUGAAAUGGAUUUGAUUUCUAUAAAAUCCGGAACUUAUUCAACAGUUCAAGAAAGAGAGAGUUCAUUACACGAAGAACCACUUUCAACACCCGGAAUGAAAAAACAUACAUAUACUAAAAACUUUGAUAAAUUGAGUAAUGCUACAGGAUUAUCAUUUUUUAUGCACUAUGAUUUCCCUUGGAACGGUCACGUAAUGGAAUCUUUACUACCAUUCGCUGGUACAUCGGCAGUUUCUUUUAAAGUUUUAAAAACUGAUACAAAACUAACUAAAUAUGUGAUGAGAGGAACUUAUGAUUUUAAAUCACCACUAUUAAAAUACAUCAAGUUCAAGUUCUUUACACCGAAAUCAAACAUUAAACGUGGUAUAGAAUUUUUGAUAGGUUAUAAUUCAUCUGUUAAUAAUACAUUUGUAGCCGAGUAUAGGACUCCGACCUCUAAAGUCGUUCUACAAACCGUAUUAAUGAAUUCAGAUACACAGAAAAUCAUUGAAGUCCAAUAUUUAAAUGGUGCCAAGUACGUUUUUAAUCUAGGAGUAAAAUGUGAAAAGGUGGACAACGAAAUAAAUAAAUAUUUUCCCUUAUUUGAAAUUGAAUACUCAACCGACAUUAGUACUAAACCAACCAGAUACCCUGGUCUAUCGAAUUUUGACAUCGAAGGGUAUGUGCUUGUAAAACGUAAUGUGAAUCCUAAUAGUACAUUACCAAGUAAAAUCAUGUUGCAAGAUAUGGCUGUUAUCACUCCGAACAAUAAGCAUUCUCUACAGGGGACAUGGACAUUUGAUGAUAAUAAAGCGACAGGAAUGGCUAAUUUGACGACAUAUGGAGUAAAAUUUAAUAUGUAUGGACUUAUUAGUGGAGAACAUUCGGUUUACAAAAUGAUCGGAAUUAUAGAUGUAAUUAAAAAUAAACAAAGUCAAGAACGAUCACUGUCCAAUCAUGACAAUGAACCAGAUUCUAAAUUCGUAUAUUUGCUGAACAAAAUUAAACCUGUGAAUAUACAUACGUCCCAUGAAAUUCAUGUUAAAGAACCGUAUAUUUUCAUAAGUAAUAACUAUGUUAUAUGGAAAGAUGGUCAUUUUAAAUUGAAUGGAGAUUUCCUUAUUGAAAAUAAUGACCUCACAAUGCAUGGAAAUAUUAGUUUUACAGAUCUUUUUGACUCUGUAUUGAACGCUAAUAUGACCAUUUUGCCGAGUACUAAGGAUAGUGGCAUAUUAAUUAAUGGUUUUUCACAACAUUCUUUUAUUAACGAUUCAUCAUAUAUUGGAUACGGAGAUUUUGAAUUUAUUCAAAAUAAGGAUAAAAGAGGCAGCCUUUUUAAAUUAAAUUCAGAACACCUGAAAACACUUGGAGUAUUCCAUUUCAAUACAAAUUAUCAGAUAACCGAUGAAUCAUUCAAUUACGAUCUCCACUAUGAUUUUGCCAAUGGCACAGUUUUAUAUGCUUAUGUGGAUAUUAUGACAAACGAUAUUAAUUUUGAAGUCACCUUUGAUUCACCCAAUCCUGGAUAUAAGUCGUUUAUGAUUAUACAUGGUUGGUCAGAAAAAUCGAAUACUUACAAAUUCAACACCAAUUUAUUGUGGCCAGGUCCUAAAAAUUUUAAUUAUCUGAAUGCUGAUGGAAACUUGUUUUUAAAUGGACUUGAUAGUCAUAUAAGCGGAAAUGUUGAUUGUCCGUCGGCCAAUUUAGUAAAUGUACACGUAUCAAUCGAUAGCAUUCCCAAUUCCGAAAUUAAAGAUAGUGGUGUGGCUACAGUUCGAUGUGUUGCAAACGAACAAGUUUUACUAUCAGAGAAGAUUAAAUAUAAAUUAACACUAAACAAUGGUGAAUAUCAUAUAUCUGGAGAGAGUGUCUAUAAAGAUUCACAGAAUCUUAUGCCCAUUAAUUUUGUGCUAGAAUAUAAAGAUUAUAUUGAUCAAAAACAUAAUUCUGGCAAAAAACUCACAUACAAUAUUGUAUUGGAACAAAAUAACAAGAAACUUGUUUAUCAAAGAAAUGUAACAGUCACUAACCACGAGUUAGUGUAUAGACAAUUACAUAAAAUAAACGACGAUGAACAAAAAAUUGAAAUAGAUUUAAACUACAAUUUUAUAAGUGUAUGGAAUUGGUCUUAUGGUUUUAAAUCUAAAAUUAUAUCUCCAGAAGUUUUCCAUUUAUUAACGUAUGAUGAUCAAGAUUUAUUGGAAUGUACCUCUUAUAUUAAAUUUGAUAAUAACUCGUUGAGUCAGAAACAUACUCUUCAAAUAUUUUCAUACGGAGAUUUAAAUGACUCUUAUGAAUUUAAAUUGAUUUUGAGUUUAGAAAAAUCUGUCCUUAAGUUAUUGUAUGGGCAGCGGGAAAUAAGAGGUUUAUGGCAUCACAGUUUAAAACCAAUUGAAGGAGGAUACAUUUUGAAGUAUAAAAGUGAUGUUUGGUUUGACUAUAUGAUAGAUCGAACUAGUGUAUCCACUUUAUCAUUAGAUGCAAAUUAUUCACUUCAUGAUGGACUAACUACAGGGACCGACCUACGAAUAUACGUGCCUUACUUUGAUAAAAAGAACUUGAGUGUAACGUCAGAUAUACAAGUUUUAAAAAGCUGGGAAAAUCCAUUAAGUGUUAAAUUGGAUUUAGAUAUUUUCGUUAAAAAAGAGCAAGCGUUGCAACUGCAUACCAAUUUCACGAGAAAUGUCGAAAACGACGGAGUUUUGUAUUCUGUUAAUUUAUUAGCUAAAAGUGAUGGAAUGAAACUGGAUUAUUUGGUAAGAGAUUCUAUAUUUAUUUCAAGUAAUCGAUGGGGAACAUAUUUAAAUGUGUACUUUGUUGAUUCUGAUUAUAUUAUGAGACCUAUACAAUUACAUUUUGAACUAGUGCCUAAAGGAUUAAACAAUAAAAUAAACAUUUUUAAUUUUACUGUAAUCGAUGUAAAUUUGUCAAUUAAUAUUGAAGAUGGUUCUUUAAAUACACGUACAUUAGUGAAUUAUAAUGAUCAUCCUUAUUCGUUAAAAAUGUCAUUGAAACCAAACCCAAGCUUUAAUUGCAUAAUGGGUUGGACAGAUAAAAAGGGAAUACCAAAGGAAUUAAUGAUCGAGGGUUUUAUGACUAUAGACCAAUCGGCUGUCAUUAGCGUUACUCGCACUAUACAUGAUAGCACUGAAGCCAUACACGUAGGAAGUGUCGAAAAAUCUUUAGGAAAAGAAAAUUGGUGGAAAACAAACUAUCAACUAGAUUCAAAUAACUGCAAUUUAAUUUGGCAAGAACUGAAAGAAGAAUUUAUUAGUAGAUUUAUUGAAGUGCAUAGAAAUUAUGUGAAUAUUACUUCAAUGGUAACAAGUCAGCGUAAGCUUCGCAAGAAGGAAGCAAAAAAUGUAUAUGCUCAGUUUCCAAUACUCGUGGAAUAUCUAUUUGAUGAGGGGAUAGUAAUAUUUUAUGAAUUUGUGGAAAAUCAAAAUUUAAUGGACCUACCGCUAAUUGCAAUAAAAAGUACAGAAGCUUUACUUGUUGAUGCAAUUGAUUUUCUUCAAUAUAUUGAUAUAGUAAAAUCGAUUGAAAACAUAAAUAAACAUAUCAAUAUUUAUAUAAAGAACAUGUAUGAUAAAUAUUCAAAGCAAAUUAAUCUAAUUAUGAAUAAAAUGGCAAGUGAUUAUCAUAAAUUACUUUAUCAAGUGAGGCAAACCUUAUUGGACUUAUUGCAAUUGUUACAAUUUUACUCUAAUAAAGCUGUAACAGAUAUAUCAUCAGAACCCCAUUCUUUCAAUGAAUAUUAUAGUGGUGUCAUCAGCUCACUUAUCGAUAUUAUCAAGGAACUCAAAGUUGUGGCUGACAAAAUUAAAAAAAAUUUAGAGGAUAAAAUAAUGGAAUUACCAAUAUAUGAUAUCUUCUAUAAAGAAAUCGAGAAGCUAAAACAUUAUCCUUACAAAGAUAAAUUAUGGGAAAUAAUACAUGACCAACUGAAGGAAAUGGAAAUAUCAGCUCCUACUACAGACUUGUCUGAUUUUAUCAAGGCGUUAGAUAAAUUUAUAAAUAAUAUUAUUUAUGAUCGACAAGACGAUGACCAGAAAGAUCUGACAAAUCUAAAAAUCAAAGGGCUUUUCCUAGCAAAAUCAAUAAUAUUUAAUUUCUCCGAUUACGUAAGCUACCAAAAAACAAUGGCUAUUUAUAACACAUUACGUAAACUCACAGACAUAAGCAAGUCUAUUCUUUAUUUAAUCUCGCCAAAGUCUGUCCAACUGUCACAUGAUAGCCAAAUCAUGUGGUUUGGUCUCAGUGGAUAUAUUCAGUUCUAUCAGCAAUUUAUUAAUCCAUCAUAUUCAUUACCACCAUUCAAAGUACAAGGAGUUGUUAUUGGUUACACCAACAUAAUCACAUACAAUGAUCAACCGUAUAGUUUCAAACCGAACACCGGUUCUUAUAUAUUGGCAAAAGAUUACAUAAACAACAAAUUUUCAAUACUUGCCAAUUACAGAGACAACGCUUUAAUAUCGUUAACAGUGUUGAAUGAUAACGGUGAAACGUAUGUACUACUAACUGGAGGAUAUAUUACAUUAAACGAUACAGAUAUUGAUUUUCCACUGAUAAGUAAUAAUACCAAAACUUGGAAGGAUGUUUAUUCCUUUGGUAUUGAGAUUGCUGUUGGUGUUCGUAUCAAAUGUACUCUGGAAUUAGAAAUUAUUGAAUUAUCCAUAAAUGGAUUCUUUUUUGGUCGGGUAUACGGUUUGCUAGGCUCUAUGAACCAAGAACCUACAUUUGAUUUCAAACAGCCCGACGGAAAAUUAUCCAAUAAUAUAGCAUCGUUUUUGCUGACGUACAGACAAAAAGGAGACUCAACGCCAACUGUUGUGGAUUUAUUGGAAACCGACCAAGCACCAUGCACAAGUUUUUUUUCUGAAGUAUCUAAUUUGAGAGAUGCUUUCUCAACUGUACCACCAACUGCGUAUAAAGUGAUUUGUAAUCACAUGGUUUCUUUGGCUAAAUCUCAACAAGAUGUUUUAAAUAAGGCCUGUUUAGUCAGUAGAGCCUACGUGAGCAUGGCCCAAAAUAACCUAGUUACCAGUUGUAGUAUCCCAGAUGCGUGUGUUUCUACUACAGUGGGUAGACAAAUCAUUAAUGCAAAGUCAUCAGUCCAAAUAUCGGAUCAAAACAAUGUAGCUGAUAUAAUGAUUUUGUUUGAAGAAACUGCAGAAAUCAAACAUCUUAUGGAUUUACUCAACUCUUUAAUAAAAAAUAUUGCUAAAUAUUUCAAUCAUAAACAAAUAAGGGAUAUCAAUUUUAUUGUUAUUGGGUACUCUGGAAACCCUUCAGAUUCCGAAGUGCAUAUCUAUACUGCUAAUAAAGACAAUAAUUAUUCAAGAUUAUUGAGUAACAUAGCUGAAUUUUCAGAAUCUCAGACCACUGUUGAUGGUAUUUCAUCUCAAUUAAUUCAAUCGUACAAAAAAGUUAUGGGCCAAAAUUCAAAAGAUAAAGCUUACAAACUUUCAGCUGAAUAUCCAUUCAGACCAAAUUCAGUUAAAGCUGUUUUAUCUAUUGCAAAUACUCUAUAUACCCAAAGUUCUUUAGAUAUAUCCCUGUAUACAUUAAAUUAUGUUACAUCAUGUUAUGUGGAUCAAGGAAUUAAAUUUUACCUAAUUGCUCCGAUUCAUCUAAAUGAUCCGUCAACAAAUGGAGCAUUUGGAGCAAGUGGUACAAAUAUAAUUUAUUCAUUGUCUGAUCCCAAAGGUAGAUAUAACAAAGAUGAAUUUAUUUAUGACCAAUCUUUAGAGACUGAUUUGGUGUUAAAGACAAAUGGAGCCAUGUAUGAUAUCAAUUUUUUCACUGAUGCCACUGGUGAUGAUAUGAAAAUUUUCAUUCGAUCCUUAAUCAUAACGAUUGUCAACAAUGCUAUUAAAGAUUCAACUGUAGAAAAAACUUGUUCCAGUUCAUUGUACAAUGGAGUUAUGCCAUAUGCAAGAUGCACUAUUGAGACAAACUAAUCAUCAAAAUAAUUUCUAGAAAUAAGAAGUGACUAUUUAAAAAUAUUUCUUUACAUAGAACUUACAUCAGUAUAAAUAGCAUGUAUUAAAAAUUCUGAAUUAUUAAUAAAUGUAUUACAAUUGUUGUUCAUAGAUACAAUUAUAUGUUUGAGCCAAAUAUAAUUUGAAGAAAAAAUUUUA